AUGGCAUUCAACAGUGGACAGGGGCAAGCACCGAGCUUCCCACAGGACAUGCCACUCUAUUCUACGGAUGUGAGUGCAUAUAGGAAUCUACAAGAAGUCAUAACUCUAAGCGAAACCACCAAAAACGACCUCGAUACUAGUUUCCGAGUUCACACGCAAGAACAGAAGAAGGUUGCGGACUUUGUCGUAGACCAUAUCAAGGAGUUGAAUCAUGGGAUUCGACAAGCAGGGAACAACAUGAAGUCUGCAGAAGAUGCGUGCAACACAGAGAUGCUCAUUAGUGAAGAUUAUGACUAUGUUACAUUAAAACGCCAAUUGGGAUUGCUCCAAACGUUUUCGACUGGACUCCAAAGAAUGUUCGACAACACCGCAUCGGAGAUCAGAGUCGCUGACAACAAAGUGGGUGAGACCAUUAAGGUCAUGGUGCAAGAAAUAAAGCAAAGGGAUGCCGAGAUUGAACAGCUCAAAGCAACCAUAGCCCGACAAGCUGCCCUCCUGGAAUCCUCUCUUCAAUCGAUGCGGGCUCAGAUUCAAACAACACAAGCAUUGACGAAUCAGUCACGACAAAUCUAUUCCAAGGCUCCCAGGCCUGGACAUCUUGCUACGAAGAGGAGCCACUCACAGAUGUCGCUCGAUCUCAGAAAUUGUCAAACAGAUUUGAGCACGGGCUCUUCACAAGAGCCGGGUAUGGAGUUUUCAGGAAGUGGCCCGAGGCUCCGAUAG